AUGGACAACACGAUGAAUAACCAAGCUUUGAACACUGUGGCGAUAAUCCUCAAGAUUGCCGUGGAAAGUCUAGACCUUGAUUCCAGUUUUAUUCAAAAUGGAGGAGACUCGCUGAAAGCAACAUCUCUUGCAAAUCAUUUCCGCAAGAGGGGAAUAGCAGUCACGCGAGAGAUGAUCCUUACGAGCACUUCACUUAACCAUAUUUUCACCCUCUUCGAAUACCCAUCGCUGGAAUCUUACGACGUACAAGUCGAUUCGACCUCCACAGACUCUUCAACUGUUCUGUUUGAUAGCGACUGGCAGACAGUCUCUCCCGCGGAACAAGAUAUUAUAUCCAGCCCGGACUUCUCCAGCUUUGGGACGUCAUGCCCAAGCAUAUGUUCCUCCGCUCCCACGUUGGCAAAUGAAGUGUAUCUUCCUAAAAAGAGCUUACCGACCGAUCGUUUCGACUCGACUUUUGUGGAAUAUGGGGCCCAGCAGGCCACAGAGAUGCAGCUUGCUCUGGUCCACGGGACUCUCAAAGACAGGCGGAUGAACAUGAUUCGGUUUACCAUGGUGCAUCGAAAUGAAGACAUCAAUAAGCUUCAGGCAGCAUGGAGGUUUAUUGUCGAACAAGCCGAUAUCUUUGAUCUGACUUGGGCAACGCCGUUGGCUGGUACUCAGCAUUCGCGUUUUAUAUGGGUUGAAGAUCCCUCAGAAGACAAAUCAAAGACGGCGACCAUCGGUUCCAGGUUCACCGUUCUGUCCCAAGAUACGAACGACGGCAACUUUCAGGUCAUUUGGACAGUACACCAUGCUCUGAUCGAUGGGAUCUCAGCGCAGCUUCUCCUACGCAACGUCCUAAGAGUCGCCAGCGGCCACGUCCCAAGCAAUAUGCCAUCCUUUUGGAAAUGGACGCAAGAUCUAAAGGCUUACCAAAAGGAUAACGCCAGCAUUGCAAAAGAAUUUUGGUCACGCCAAAGGCAGCUUCAUCCUGAGGCCAGCGGUACAUUGCAGCUUCCAAAGCCCAACAUGAGCAAGAGGACCAACGAGGCCAAAGCUAUCACGCUCUCUAUAUGUGAUAUGCGAAGUCGUCUGUUGUUGGCUGCCAAGCAUAGCAACGUCACUUUGGCUACCAUGUUCUAUGCUGCAUGGGCGCUUGUCCUAUCUAGCUUCUCCGACUCCAGGACUGUUGUUUUUGGUGCUCUGCUCAGCGGAAGAAAUAUACCUAUUGCAAACUCGGACAAGGUCAUUGGUCCCGUGAUCAAUUCAAUGCCAUUGUACAUCUUUGCUGAUCCAGAUGCUACGGUUCAACAAUUCCUCGCUUCGCUGUUUAGGAGCCUUCUUGACCUUGAGCAGUUUUCGUGGACAUGUACAGAGCAUGGAUUUAGUCGAGAUUAUGAAUCGACGCUGUCUGUAGAGGCAUGGCAGGAUGAUUGGUCGGAAUUCGACAUUCGACCAGUUGCGACGUCCAAGUCUCAACAGAGCGAUGUCCCGCUGGGCAUAACUGUCAACACUGAGAGCCUUCAGUUUCAGUACCACAAAGACAGACUCUCCACGGUGGACGCUGAGAGAAUCAUGUCUUGUUAUCAACUUGCACUUGAACAAAUCACUCGAGUGCACACGCCGAUAAUGGCGGCUAUGGAGGCUCUCGUGUCAGCACCAAGCCGAGCCCUCUUGGCUAAAUUUGGCAACUGCAUCUCAGGUCGAACCACAAGAUCCUCAGUCAGCGACGACCUUGUCAGCUUGUUCAGCAGAUAUGUAGAGAGGCAUGCAGAUAGCAUUGCAGUCGAUGACGGGGCUGUUCAAGUAACAUAUCGCGACCUUGACAUCAUGACAACUUGUGCUGCUACCAGAAUUACCUCGAUGAUCUCCCAAGGUGACAUUGUUUGCGUUCACUCGGAUAAGUCGCUCAACUGGAUCGUGGCAAUCUUUGGUAUCCUCAAGGCAGGCGGUGUAUACUCAUCAUUGGACCCGAUUCUUCCAUCGGAAUUGAGAGCAACCAUGUUUCGGAAUGCCAAAGCAAAGUUGUUUCUCACUCCAAAGACAUGCCAACUUUGCCAAACACCAUCGACUUGCGAUCUAAGCGACUCGAUAGACUCAAUUCUGGCAGAUCCUCUUCUCAAACCCCAGAAGAUAGACAUGAUACCCAAGCCAUGGGCGAAUGCCUAUCUCUGCUUUACUUCUGGUUCUACUGGGACCCCCAAGGGCGUCAUGUGCACCCAUGAAGGGCUGGUUGCUUUCCAGAGUGAUCUUGAGGUGAGACUCUUUGCUCAGCCUGGAGUUCGUAUUGCUCAGGUCAUGUCGGUCGCAUUUGACGGAAGCAUUCAUGAGAUCUUCUCCGCAUUGACACAUGGUGCAACACUGGUUUUGCCGUCUAAUGCCGAUCCCUUAGGUGCUUUGGACACGGCCCACGCGGCGAUUCUAACGCCCUCUAUUGCUAGAGUCCUAAACCCCGACGACUAUCCGAUGCUGAAAUGGGUGUACCUUGUCGGCGAACCGGUUCCUCAGACAGUAUCGGACCGUUGGUCAUCUGUCAAAACCCUAUACAACAUGUAUGGCCCUACCGAGGGCACUGGCGGAGCAACCAUCAAACGGCUGACUCCCGGUGAUCCAGUGACCAUCGGAACACCCAACCCAACAACAAGAAUCUACAUCUUGAACUCGCAGGGGAAACUGGCACAUCAAGGUAUGAUCGGUGAGAUCUACAUUGCAGGUGUCCAAGUUGCCCGGGGAUACGUGGGUCUUGAUAGUCAAACUAAAGAGAGAUUUCUUCUGGACACCAUCAUGAGAAAUGGGGAAACCAUGUAUCGGACAGGGGAUCGAGGGUACUGGAAUGAAGCUGGUGAAAUAUGUUGCCUUGGCCGAAAUGACCGUCAGAUCAAGUUGCGUGGAUAUCGUCUAGAUCUGAAUGACUUGGAGGUUCGCAUCUCGCGAGCAGCACCCGAACUUUCUGGAGUUGCUCUCGCUCGAAAACAAGAUGAGCUUGUAGCAGUUGUUCAACCAGAAGAUAUCGACAUUCAGCGGUUGAAAGCCAAGAUAUCCUCAGCUUUGCCCCGCUACGCCAUCCCACAACAUCUUGUUGCUCUGAGCAAGAUUCCCAUGACGCCAGCUGGAAAAGUUGACUACCGAGCUGUUUCAGAUGCCUGCAAAAGAGCUUCACUGAGCCAGACUGAGACUUUGAGCGAUAUGCAGCGUUUGGUCUCCUGUGUUGUCUGCAAAGUCCUUGGAAUUGAAGACACGAAGCAAGUGACUCUUGAUUCGGACUUUAUUUCUUUGGGUGGACACUCCUUGAAACAGAUACGUCUUGCUCAAAUGCUGAGUGAAACAUUCAAGAUGCGAAUUCCUCUUCAACUGAUCUUAUCCAAACCGUCGGUCCGUGGGAUGUCGGAUAGCCUACGAGUUCUGCUUGACUCAGCCCAGUCAAAGCCUCCAGCUGUAUCUUGCGCUCGGCUUGGGGACAGGGUCUCGCCCAUUGAACACGAGUGGCUCGUUAAGUACCAAUCUUCCAGAGGGACUGCUUCUUUCAACGUCUGUUUUGCUUCCACUUUCAGUCAAGUAUCAGUUCGUACAGACAGGUUGAUCUGGGCAUGGAAUCAGGUUUUGCAGAGACAAGAAAUUCUAUCGUCGCGAUUCAGUCUCGAUGGGGAUGAUUCAAAGAGAUAUUCUGACUCGGCACCACCACGCGUCGAAGCUUUGUCUGAUUUGGACUUUUGGAAACAAGCAAACCGCCCCUUCGACUUGGCACAGGAAAGCCCCAUACGAGUCUUUGUGGCAAGGAACAAGCUUAUGGUUAUCAUCAGCCAUGUUGUAGCAGAUUACACUACACUCAGUCUUCUUCUUCGCGAUGCAUCUCAGCUCUAUCAUGGGCACCAGGCCCAUCUACGCCGACUCUACGUCACUCGUGGAUGUGUCUUCCGAAUCCGUUGA